AGACAACAAAGCCCAUAGGUAUCCAGACUUGCCAGUCAAACCAAAUCCAUAUGUUGCAUACAUACAAAUAGCGUGCUUGUGUUUGUGUUGUUCAUAAUUCAUUGCUACAAUUGCACUUCAAGUGUUUGACGAAAGUCCUAUAUUUUUUUUUGGCACAUUUGCAAUUAGCCUUGGCUUGCUUGCUAUCCCAUAUGGCUGUUUCAAGGACCCUCUUACCUCGUUGGUCACCACUUGUUCUUCUUCCUUUUGUCUUCUGUAUCUCCGCCGCAAAGGUUGUCACGGUUGAUGUACAUGCAGCAAAGCGUCUCAUCCAGAAUGGCCACACUUACCUGGAUGUUAGGACGGUGAACGAGUUCGUCGAAGGGCAUGUAGAUGCAGCUAAGAUCAUUAACAUUCCAUACAUGAUAGAUACACCCAAAGGUAGGGUGAAGAACCAAGAUUUUCUGAAGGAGGUUUCAUCUGUUUUUAGCAACAAAGAAGAUCAUCUCAUUGUGGGUUGCAAAAGUGGGGUGAGAUCACUGUCUGCAACUGCUGAUCUUCUGGCUAAUGGUUAUAAGAACGUGAACGACAUGGGAGGAGGUUACAUGGAUUGGGUUAGAAACAAGUUUCCAGUGAAUGCACCAGCAGACAAAGAGGAGCUAUAGUCAGUCAUUGAUAGGAUUAUUAAAUAGUCUGUUCAUCAUUUUUUUUUAUUAAAUAAGUUCUUAAUGAACAGAUUGUCUUAGUUAGUUUAUAAACUUAUAAUGCACAUCAAGCAUAAGAUUUAGGCGGCCAGUACAUACAUUCUAAUUACGGAGUCACUCUAAUUAGUCUUUUUUUGUA